CAAUGAACGCUGCGAAUGAUUUUUAAAACCCAGGUGGACAGUUAUUUAUCUCAGCAUGCUGUAGUGUUUACAGUCCGCUUCGUUUGUAGUGGCAAAUCUGAACCAAGAUGGGAAAAGGCAAUCGAAGACCUGGAGACGGCAGGAUAAACGAGAAAGUUGAAGAAGCCAAAGAGAACCAGCACGGAAAGCCCACGGCAUGCGAAGGGCAGCCAACAAUACAAAGUUGUCUGAAUCUCAGCAAGCCGCUCCGGAAUAAACAUAUAGAGGACAAUUCUGCAUCAGGCCCGAGCAAACUGAGUGAAGUCAAGGAUGCAGAGCUGAAGUCACCCAAAGGAGGGCACACUGGCAAACAGCACCCCAUCUGUGGAGUUGGUGAGCAGACCGCUGCUGUGCCUCAGAAAGGGUCUGGGACAAGGACGCAAACAACAUCUGGGCAAAGGAUCAAUGGUGGGAAAUUGAAAGACAAACUGUUUGAAACCAAUCGAAAGGUCACAGAUUAUUUUCCUGUUAGACGAAGUUGCAGGAAAAGCAAAGAUGAGUUGAAGUGUGAAAAGCAGCGGCACUUUGAUGAUCUCAUCAAAAACAAUGUUGAAGAGGGGCUCAAGGUGAGAAGUAUAGAAGGAAAAGGAAGAGGUGUUUUUGCAGUCCGGGCGUUUCAGAAAGACCAGUUUGUAGUGGAGUAUCAUGGGGAUUUGUUGGAGAUUGCUGAUGCAAAGGCAAGAGAAACGCUGUAUGCUCAAGACCCAGCCACUGGCUGCUACAUGUACUAUUUCCGCCACCACGACAAAACCUACUGUGUGGAUGCUACCAAAGAAAGCGACCGUCUGGGCCGGCUGAUCAACCACAGUAAGACUGGCAACCUUCGGACCAAACUGCACGAGAUGAAUGGCACUCCUCACCUCAUCUUCCUGGCUUCCAGAGACAUCAAAGUAGACGAGGAGCUACUGUAUGAUUAUGGUGACCGCAGUAAAGAAGCCGUCGCUGCUCACCCUUGGCUAAAGCACUGAUUCACUCUCCGUUUCGUAGUUUUCUGCUGAUAGAAUCUAAAGGGAAGUGGUAUAAUGUUAACAUACAACGUGUUGAGUCGCCAAAGUAGUUCAGUAUUACAGAUGGUACCAUAAAAUGAAUAGUCUUUUGAAAAACCCACAGUAGCUGUAACUUAUUGGUUUUUAAGUGUAUUUUACAUCUUGGGUUGAGGCUGAAUGAGAUGAACCUCUUGAGCUAAUUGUGUAAACCAUUGUAAAAUGUUGAUUUAAUGAAAAUGUUCUCACCCUCAUAUCCCUCCAAACUUCAGGACUCUCUUUUCCUCUGAAGAACGGAAGAUAUUUUUCAGCUGUUUUUGUUCAAUCAGUGGAAAAGAGUAAAUGGUUAAAAAUAUCUUUCACAAGAAAGAAAGUAUAAGUGUUUGGGGUAACAUGAAGGUGAGUAAGUGACAAGUUUAGUUGCUGUACAUUUUGUAUAUGUACAAAUGAGUGUUUAAAGCAAUUAUACCACAUUUUUAUGA